UAAUCACAAAUACAAAUGUUCACAAAUAACUUUACCAUUUUUGAGAAGAGCUUCUGUGGUCAAGAAGACAACUUGCCAGAAGUCUCCAAUGACACUUCAACCUUCCAGGAGAGGAAUCUCUUCAAGGGAUUUGGAUCUCAGGAUAUUUUUAUGUCCAGAUUUGACAAGGAAAUAGUUAAUGAUGCCUCCCAUAUUGCUUCUACUCCUUGCAUUGAUGGGUUCAUGUUUGAUCUCCCAACAGCCAACACUACUGGAGACUUAUGGAAAGGAGUCCUUUUCAAUGAGAAAGCUAAGUCUGAGGUUGUCAAAGAUGAUCAACUUGAGUCUACUUCCAUCAUAGCUGAAUUUGGAGGAGAAUCUGAAAAUAAGAUUAAGAAGGAAAGAAGCACCUGUGAUAAGGUGAACCCUACUGAAACUAUUAAAGAGAGAGCUGCUAAUAAGAGUGCCAAGGCUAUUUCCAAGAAGGAAAGAUUCUGUAAGAAGCAUGACAAAGAAAUGUUUGUCAUAUUGACUGAGCUCUGUAAGAAUUCUGGAAUUGAUAUCAGCGGUUUCUGGACUUUGGAAUCCCUCACUCCUGUUUAUACAAAUAUUCUUAAGAUAUUGGCUAAUAAGAUCAACUGGGAUUGCUAUAAGAUUAAGAACCUCCUUGCUAGAAUCAAGAAGAUUGGAAAUAAGUCUAAAGAAUUCUCUGCAAGAGAGGUUAAGCUCUUGAGAAAGCUUAUUAACCAACAAAAGAGGGAAAACUACACUGAUUUCUCCGCAAUUUUGUAUGAAUUCCCAGGGAAAUCUAUUGAGACCCUUCGAGCAAAGUAUAACGAGAAGUAUGACUAUCUUAAGAAGAACUAAACUAUCAACCUCUAUUAAGGAU